GAACGCGUCCCGUCCUCUCAACCGAAAGGGCGCCCCACACCGCAAAGGAUGCAUCCAUCCGCCCGUCCAUCCGAAAGCCAACCCUACACCAAACUUUGCAGGUCUCGUGUCCUCAUCACCCAACCCCAUCAUCACAAUCUCAUCCGCCCUCGCCAUCCUCCAUUACCAAUCUUCCAUCGCCUCCUCUUCCUUCAAGCAUCAUCUUCCCCUAUAAACCCUCUCACGACCCAAGAACCGAGCAAGCCGGGCGCGCAACAACAAGAACCGACGAGCUUUCUUCAUGUCGAGCCCCACGCACGUCCGCAAGGCGCUCCACCUCGCCGCCAUGAAGGCCAAGCUGCAGGGCGUCGCCGGCCACCGCCUCCUCCUCGUCGCCGCCCUCGCCGCCUUCCUCCUCCUCUUCUCCGCCCGCACGCUCUUCUCCUCCUCCUCCUCCCGUGGCUCUGGCGCCGCCUCGCGGCUGAGCGGCGACGGGUCGUGCUCGAAGCUGCCGGCGCCCGUGGCCGAGGCCCUGGUGCACUACGCGACGUCGAACGUGACGCCGCAGCAGACGGCGGCGGAGAUCGGGGUGUCGCUGCGCGUGCUGCAGCGCCGCUCGCCCUGCAACUUCCUGGUGUUCGGCCUCGGCCACGACAGCCCCAUGUGGGCGGCGCUCAACCACGGCGGCCGCACGGUGUUCCUCGAGGAGGACGCGUCCUGGAUCGCCUCCGUCCGCUCCGCGCACCCGGGCCUGGAGUCGUACCACGUCACCUACGACACCCGUCUGACCGAGGCCGACGAGCUCAUCGCCCUGCGGGACCACCCGGGGUGCACCGCGCAGCCGGACCUCGCCGCCGCCGCCGAGGCCUCGUGCCGGCUGGCGCUGCGCGGCCUCCCCGCCGUGUUCCACGAGGUGGAGUGGGACCUCAUCAUGGUGGACGCGCCCACGGGGUGGACGCCCGAGGCGCCCGGGAGGAUGGGCGCCAUCUACACGGCCGGCAUGGCGGCGCGCGCGCGGCGGCCCGGCGACGGCGCCACGGACGUGUUCGUGCACGACGUGGACCGGGCGGUGGAGGACAGGUUCUCCAAGGCGUUCCUGUGCGACGCCUACCUCGCGGAGCAGGUCGGCAGGAUCCGGCACUUCGUCAUCCCCAGCCACCGGGAGAAGCCCGGCACGCCCUUCUGCCCUCAGAACUGAUUAUUAUCCGUUACCCAUUUUAUCGUCCUCCAUUAUAGUAUGACUGCACACCUACCUUGAUCGAGACACACAUGCAUGCUGAAGCCUGAAGGACGGUCAUGCCAUACACCAUUGGAGGUAGUUAAUGGCGUCAGAUCGAGAAACGUGCGUUCACGAUCGAGUAAUCCGGAGAAAUUCAGUGUGAUUUCCUUCCAUCUGCGGGUGCAGUUGUUAGCUGUGGUUCUAGCUCCAUGGUUGCUGGUGGUUGAACAAGAGUGGAACCUGUAUCAUGCAAACUAUAUGUUUUACUAAUUAUCUGCGAUAUUUCUAUUA